GAGUUGGCUUCCUCUCUUCACCUGGGAAGGAUUCUAGAAACCUGAAAAACUGGAAACAUCAAGAGACUAAAACUGAGGAAAGCUAACCACAAGAAAGUUUUUAUAAAGAACCAUUACACUUAAUUGUUUGAAGAAGAAGAAAAAAAUAUGAGUCUCCUCAAAGAACGCAAACCAAAGAAGCCUCAUUACAUCCCAAGACCACCAGGAAAGCCAUUCAAGUACAAGUGCUUUCAGUGCCCCUUCACUUGCAAUGAGAAAUCCCAUCUUUUUAACCACAUGAAGUAUGGCCUCUGCAAAAACUCCAUUACUUUAGUAUCAGAGCAGGAUCGUGUUGUCAAGUGUCCAAAGACCAGCUCCUUGGAGCCCAAACAGAUCCAUCAGCUUGAAUCUACAGUCAAACCAACUUCUUCUAAAUCUGUCACAAAUGGACUAAGUCUUGAUUCAAAGCCUCAAUACCCUUUUUCAAAAGAAGAUGCCAAGGAAAAUGUUGAAUUACAAAACCAGACAACAAACACAGCAAUUCAAGGACAAAAACCUGCAAUCCAAAAGGAAUUAACCCCUGCCAGCACUACAACAGAAAGCACUAUCAGCAUGCAGCCCCUUUUGGACAGCAUUGGAAGGCCCUCAGCUUUCGUUCCUGUAGGAGAGCACAGAGAUAGCAAAGGCUCAGAAACUAAUGAAGUAUCUGAAAUGAUAUCACUCCCUAACAAAAGUUCACCUUUUCACACUAAGUCUGCAUUUCAUGCACCAAGUCACCCAUGGAAAGCUGGCUCUCCUUUCCUCCCAGAAUUUUCACAUAAAGUUGCUCCUCCAAAAGGCUUUGGUUCCAUUUCACCUUACAUGCAACCGAUGAUUCCCGAGUACUCACCUCAUUUUUAUGAGCACAGGUUGGCUAUCUAUACACCUUACUUGCUUCCAGGUAACUCAGAGUGUGAAAGCUCUGCUCUCUCUGUCUAUGGCACACAAGAGCAAAGACACUUUCUUCCCCACCCUGGGCCACUUCCAAAACCUAUAAAUCCAUCAGCGUAUGAACACUAUCGACUGUUCCAACAGUAUCACUCCGCUCCCCCAAUAACAUACGGAUUUUGUAGGCCAACAGAUCCUUCAUUUUACAGAUUUUCACAUGUAACUGGUAUCAACAGAGAUCAAAAUUCUCAUCUAAUGGAAGAAACUACCUUGCUGUAUCCAGCUUCUUUAAGCCCAUCUCAACAAUACCCUCUAAGUUCACACAAAAAGCAAGCCGAUUAUGAAAAAGAAAUUACAUUACUGCAUGCUAAAAGCCAUUCCAAAGAUGACCAAAAUGAACGAGAGAAUGCUAAAAUGAGCCCUCUUGCAGGAAGUGCAGCAACAGGCUCCCCUGGAAGACCUAGCCCCACCAACUUCACACAGACAAGCCAGGCGUGCGAAGGCUUAUUUGACCUCUCUAACAAGUCAUCUUCCACAUCACUUGGCAAGUACGAUCAACCAGAAGAAAACUUCACAGCUUUCAGACCUGUGAGAAAAAGCACUGAUCAACCAACUCCACUUCAAAGUGUGCAGGCGCAGCAAGAGAGAGGAGAUUCACCUACCAGCAUUAACGUCACUGAUGAAGAUUCCCAUACACAGAACGAAUGCCAGAACAAUGAAGGCUCGCUGUCGAACACGGAAGACGACACAGGGAUAGCUCCACUUAAUCUUUCAAAAAAGGCUGACAUAAACCCAGGACCCGUUCAUGAGCAUGCAUACAAACCUACAGCCAAAACAGAAAGUCAGAACUUUCUAGAAUUGCAAGACGUGCCACUGAACCUCUCAGUAAAGGAUUCCUGUAACACAGCAAGCCUGAAAACAUCAUUCCACAGUCCACCUCAUGAUACUGGUGCUGCUACUUCUCCAAAAACUGAAAAUGAAACCUCUGGAGCAGAUGCAUGUAACCCCAAGAAUCCUACUAACAGUGCCUGCAACAAAUCUUCUUUCACAGCUCACAGUAAUGAAGCUCAAGAUUUAAGGAUAAUGGACAGCUGUGAUGAGCAAAAACAAACAGCAGCUGUAGCACUCUGUCAGCUGGCUGCCUACAGCCCCACCACAGUCAGAAUGGACAACGAAGGGCAGAGUCCUCAGGACAGUACUGCUUCAUGUACAGAAGCUACUCUUAAUUCUUCUGAUACUCAGGAUACCCAGUGCAAUCAAAAAGUAAAAGGACAAAAAAGGACAAAUCAAAAAGAGUCAGCAAAAUCCCAGCAAGGCACUAAAAGAGUAAGGCCAAAUGACUGUAGCAGAGUCUUCACUUUAAGGAAGAGAACAAGAGUCUCUUAAUACUUCACUUUCCAGUGAGUUUGCGGUCACAGCAGCCAGUUACCAGCAACACAAAAUUUCU